AUGCGCACAAGCGCGCGUCGGCGGCCGCCGCCGCCGCCGCCGUGGGGUUUUCUAAAAAGCGGCGCCGUAGUGCUCGAGGGCCCGGCGCCCCGCAGUGCACCGUCGCCCCGCGCUCACCGCGUUCACUCCUUCGAGCACGCCGGCGCUUACGCUCGACGUAAGCCCACGCACGCGGACACGGACGCCGCCGCCGCCCCCGCCCUGGAAUGCCUCACUCCAUCUGAUAAUCUGGAUAUCGGAGAAACUGGACUCAUCAAGUGCAAAGAGAAUAACAAGAAAACAUGGGGCUACUUGGUCAUAGGUGUAGAGUUAGGUGUUCAGAAAUGCACGCUCUUCUCGGGCAUCCUGUGCCUGUGCAUCGGGAAGCCGCGCUUCUCCGUGCGCGACGACGCUGCCGGCCGCAUCGGCGCCUUCUUCAUCGACCUGGUGAUCGCGCUGGGCCAGGCCUUCACCGUCCUCUUCUGCCUCGUCGGCUGGGGAUGGAGCAUCUGGUGGGGCGUCAUCAUGCUGCGGAUAGCGCGCAAGAGCCGGAAGCUGGCGAAGGCGGCGCUGGAGGAAACGGCGUCGCGCGGCUCCAACGCGGCCGCGGGGGCGGCGGGGGCGCGCGGCGCGCAGAACCACGACGUGGAGCGCGGCGGCGCCUCCUAGCGCUAAGGCAGCGGCGACGGCGGGGGACGGGUUUUUUUCUUUGGGGCAACAGCGACUACGGGGCGGGACUCCGCAGGGGAAGCGUCGGGAUACGCGUAUAACUCUUCUUGCCAAGGUGUGCACGGGGACCCGAAAGCCUGACUGACUCGAACCACUAGCCCUUCGAAAGGCAAGAACGGACCUCACAGGCUCAGGGAUCCCACAGCAAAUCAAGAUGGUAGGACUAUUUUUGUACUCGAGAAACUUUCCAAUUUACCAUUUUAGCACUACGCAC